AUGGAAGAACCAAAUCCCAUCAUUCCAUUUGAAUUCGCAGACUGUGAUGCGUUUCUCGCCUCUCUAGACGAUAACUCGACUACUGUUCUCUCUCAAAAACAAUCGGACCUUCUCCGUUUCCAACAAAUUCAACUUCAGCAACAACAGCUGCGUCAACAACAGCAACAACUUCAACAACAAGCAUCGCCUUCGUCAACCUCUUCGUUGUCGUCGUCGCCAAUAUCAACAACUCCAAUCACACAAUCACAAGCAACGUUCCCAAUACAAACGGUCCCGCAACAACAACCACAACAACAACAUCCAAUAAUGAUUGGCCAACCUUCUAUAAAUGACUUUGUCUCCAUUCCUGGCGACGUCUCUACAGACCCUUCGGUCAUUCCAACGACUUGGCCUUCUCAAGAUUCGCCUUCUUGUGGCGGUCCAAUCUAUUCUGCCGAUCCAUUCACUUUACAGCAACAGCCACAACAACAUAUGCACCACCAACAACAACCCUUACCCACACAGCAACAGCAACAACAACAGCAACAGCAACAGCAACAACAACAGCAACCCCAACCCCAACCACAACUUCUAUCAUCACAACCCCAACCACAACUCCUACACUCACAACCCCAACCCUACUCUAACAACUCUACCCCUCUCUCCUCUCCUCUCUCAGUCGCUUCAAUGCCUGACCCUCAGGCUGCUGCUGCUGCCGCUGCUGCUGCAGGCUUUAUCAACAAUGACAUGAUUUAUAACAACACCAUGGCAAUCUCAAACUUGGCCUACUCUUCUACUGGUCCUGUCUCUGUUUCCUCAACCCCAGUGGCAUACCCAAUCACUCCUCCAUACCCUUCGGCUCCUUCCGCCACUUCUUCCGAUGCCGGUGACUCAGGGUCCCCAGACUUUAAUCAGGACUAUGUUGCAGCUGCUGCAGCUGCAGCUGCCGCCGCUGGUGGUAACCCCAAUGCUGUUUACCCAGGUAUCCUUCCUUCCUCAGUCGGCCCCUCUGCUGAUGUUCUAUCUGCAAACCUGAUACAAGGUCCUAUAAUACAACAACAACAACAACAGCAGCAGCAGCAACAACAGCUGCAACAAUUACAACCUCAACAACCUACUCAGCUUAUGUCACAACGAUCAGUCUACCCUGACCUGUCUAUUGGCUCACUGGCUCCUUUACAGCAAACUACUCCUGCAACUGCGUCUCCAAAUAAUACAACCAAUUCCGCUCCUAGUUCUCAAUUUUCUUAUGGCAAGGAUGACCAGGCAAUUUCCCCUCACUCUUAUGCUAACAAUCAUCAAUCGCCUGAGUCACCCCAAUCGGUUGGCUCUCCUCAAUCUCCCAGUGAGAUUAAAGAUGAAGAUGACUUUCUCAACACUUCUUCCUCUAUCUCCAACCGCAAAAACUCUAUAAAACGUGAACGACAGGGUAGCGCAGUUACCAAGGGCAGCAAAAUUACCAAGCCUAAGAAGGAAAAGACUUCCCACAAUAUGAUUGAAAAGCGAUACCGAACAAACAUUAACGAUAAGAUUCUCGCGCUUCGCGAUUGCGUGCCAUCUCUUCGCUGUGUCGUUAAUGGUACUCCUCGCACUGCUGAAGAACUUGAAGGCUUGACUCCAGCUUCGAAGCUUAACAAGGCUACAGUCUUGACCAAGGCUACCGAGUAUAUUCUUCACCUGCAAAAGCGCAAUGCUCUCCUGCUCCAAGAACUGUGUGAUUUACGUAACAACCGUGCGGAUAGUGGCAGUCCCAAUAGUCCUAACGACAUGGCUUCCACUGCUGGCCUUGCAAACAUGCCUAUUAUGCAAGCUUAUCCUUCGCUUAAUGGCCAACAGCUUCAGCAGCAACAACAGCAACCAGACAUUCGCCAAAUGUUUAACGGGAACAACUUUGCUUCAAAGGUCAUGAUGUGCUCCAUGGCUGGUCUUAUGGGUGCUGGUCUCAUGGGAGAGGGCUCUGAUACCCAAGGUCUUUCUAUCCUUCCUUAUGCCAACAUCUUCUCUAACUUUAAGAUUGGUUCUUGGGACUCAUCUUCCCUCCUUUACGCUGUCAAGGUCGGUCUCAUUUUGGGUACCAUUUUGUACGUGUUUGCUCCCAUGUUCGUUUCUUCCUCUUCUGCUUCUGAAAAGACCAAGGAGUCUUCUCCUACUUUUGCUUAUGCCGAAGAAAGCGAUGACGAAAAUGAGCUUCAAACCCUUAACUUUGAGCUUUCUGACAUUCGAAAACAAACGUGGCUUAACAAUUCCCGUUACCUUGAGCUCCCUGCUAGCUCUUUUUCUUCACAGAUUUCUGCCCAUGCUCGCACUUUGGCUCAAAUUCUUUCUAUUGCCAUUAUGGGUCCUGAGGGUUACGACAUGCUUUUUGGCUCUACUGAACAACCCCUUUCUGCUAAGCGCUCUUCUCUUGGUGAUGCCAUUGAUGCUCAGCUUUGCGGUGGUGAUAAUGAUGCCAUUGUUAACAAGGGUACUACUCGAUCUUCUCUUCUCUACACUCUUGGCCAGAGUUUCUUGCUUUCUCCCUCUCCAGUUCGUUACUUCACUCAGGCUAUGCAAAUUAAUGUCGUGUGCCAUGAUGUCCCCAUUUUUGAUAUGAUUGGCGCUCACCUGUCUGCUUACUUUCUGAGUAAGGCCCGCGCCACUGCUGUGCCUUUGGAAGAGGAUUCACUGGUUGAAGAAGAUGAUGGCACUCACGUUGCCAAACACAUUGUUGCACUCUUGGAAUCUGAUAACUUGUUUACUCCUCGCACUAACCAGCGCCUCUACAAUGUCGCCUUUGGCAACCCUAUUUCUGAAGGAUGCCCUCUUGGUGAUGACGAUGAAGGUUAUGCUUCCGUCCUUACUGACAAGUCCAUUUGCUCUGCCCAUGACGUUUUGGCUGCUCUCCACGCCAACUCUCUUCUUCACGAAGUUCUUCUUGGUGUUUUGGAGAAUGAUGAAAUUGACUUCCGCAAGCUUGAGCUCAGUGCUAAGGUUUCGCCCCCACGAUCAAUUGUUGCCCGUCGCGUCGCUAUUGCUGAAGCCCUCCUUUUGGGUCCUAAGGAUGCUUCUUAUGCCAAGAAUGCCAUGGAAAUGUUAAAGGAAGAACUUAACCAACAGGCUUGGAUUAACCGCGAGCUCUCGUCAUUCCCCCCAACGCUGACAAGCGUUCACGAGUUUGGCGAAAUUUCCUCCAACGUUUCUCACAGCCGCUCUAACAGCCACCACACCAUCAACACAGUCACUCUUAGUGCGGGCAUUGUGAGUGAGAUUGAUGAGGAAGAAGAGAGCCUGUUUAGCUCUAGCGAAAGCAUCAUGAGCAACACUAGCAGUAAUCAAUACACUGAAGACCACGUUUCGGAAUCAGAAGCUUCUGUUUCUACUGAGCGUGAUGGUGACAGGGUGGCUUUCUUGUCUACUUCUGUCAAGUCUUCUUCUACACCAUUUGCAGUAUCGCAGGAUUCGCGACUGGGCAUUCGCUUUUCGCUUGUCAUGUGUUAUCUGGGGCGCAACAUGCGCGGCCCAGCGUUUCAGCUGCUGCAAAAGGUGGAAAUUAACAAGCUCGAGAGCAUUGGUCUGUUGGGCUUCGUGGCCUUGUGGAAGGUGCUCACAGAAAUGUACGAGCGCAAGUACAUGAGCGACAACAGACACAAGCUGGAAGACCUGGCAGCCAUUGCUCGUAUCUGGCUGGGCGGAAAUAUCGGUGCCGAGGAAGGUAUUUCGCUCGACCGUCUGAGGUAUCUGGCUGGCGAGUCUGUUGCCAUGAGCAAGUUUUUUGGCGGCUACGAGUCUGACCUUGAUGAAGGUUACGGAACUCAAUAA